AUCCUCUCCACUGGUUAAUUACCCGCUUCACGCUUCACGCAUUUGUCGUCUGGCUUUUAUUAACCUUGCUACUCUAGGCAGCAUCGUCAUCACUGUUCAUCGACUUUUCAUCAAUGAUAACAAUUUCUGGUCUUUGCAAUCAUUACGACUUAAUUCUUUGAUUACUUAUUUCACUGUUUUCGCUCGUUUUCGUCAUUCACUUUCCACUAAAUCAGCCAUGGGCCUCCCAUUGUUUGUUGCCCCCGUUGAGUCAGAUCUCCCUUCCAAAGCUGCAGAGAAGAGCAUUGCGACGUCGCCACCCCGCUCCGCCAUUCGCCGCAAUAUACGCACGGAACGAAUUGAACGCCGCGCCGCGCAUCGCCGUAUUUUCUCAAUUCGCGACCGCUUAAAUGAUGGCUCGCUACAACAGUCCGGCACUUUGACCGGCCGAGAUGGUCGCUCUGUACCAUGGGCUGAAGCUGGAUUCCCACCUGAUUUAGAGACUACGAGAGGUCCUGAUGGGCUGCGCCGAGCGAGACCGUUUCGCGAUGUUCUUAGAGAGAUGGCUAGAUCGGAUGAUCGCAGAAGGGACAUGCUUGAAGAGCGCAUAAACUCGCUGUUUAGGGAUGGCAGCAACACACAAGACCGAAACAAUACCAAUUCACAUCCAUCAUACGACGAUUUGGAUCUGGGCUGGCAUGAGGGUCCUCGACCUCGCCCUGCAGUGAUGAUACCAGUGUCGGGGCUUCCUGGACGAGCUCCUGAAGAGAAUGGAGCUCAACGGCAGAGACUUCCUUCUGUUGUAACACACCCCGUGAUUCGCACAGAUGACUCUGAAGAAAUGAGCCAGCGCCGAGCUCACCGCUCGGCAAUGCGCGAAGCUCUCCGUGCAUCAAACAGGCAUACGCGAUUCGCACCUAUGCAACGUGUCGACGGACUUGGCGACCGUGAUAGGAGCCUCAGUCCAGAGGUGUGGGAUACUCUUCUAUCCACACUUACCCCUGACCCUCAACCACCUAGCGCAGGUUCUUCUUUUGCAUCAAAUGUUGCAUCUCAGAGCGCCGGUGCUACAUCAGGCACUUCUUUCACCACGCCCGACCAAGACCCUGAUGCACUGGCUGACCAGGCCUGUGAGUCAGGUUGCGAAGGCUCCGAAACUGAGGGCCCUGAUGAGACUCUGAGCGUCCUGGAUCGAAUUAGAAGACGCCGGGCAGAGAUGCGACGUGUUCAUGUAAGAAUACCUGAAGCUGGCCAAGACGCCCCAGUUGAUGGAGGCGCCAUUCGGGAUAACGGGGCAGUUGGUUCUGAUUCCAGACAACGAAGAUCCCCGGAUGGACUAGUGCCCAGUGAUCAUCACCACAGGCUCAGGACUUGGCGCCGAGAGCGCUCCCUCCGAUCACGUUCCGCCUGGGUGGGACACUUGUCCGUGGGCAACUCAGACGACGAGCAAGGACCGGAACGAAACAGACAAAACCGAGAGAGCUCAGCAACAUCAGGAAGCAACACAAACUUUGAAGAUGACUGGAUAGGAAUGCAGCGCAUCGUGCGUAGCCUAGCACGACGCGAAGAUAUCCCCGAUGAAUGGUGGGCUGAGGCUGGCCUCAGUCGAACCCUACCAGGGGAUGGGACAGAAUAAAGAGGGCACAUGGUACCAGUUUGCAUUCGAUUUGAAGCGGGAUAUAAAAUACCGGGGUUACUUGCUACAGAUUUGGUCAGAUGGCGUUAAAACGGAAAACCGAGCAGUGUCGGCAAUGGAUUGUAUCAUAAUUGUACGGUUGUUAACAUUUUGGCUCGACAAUGAGCAGGGAGAAGAUCUAAUGAAAGUUGACGUUGAAAGAACUCAUUCUUCUGGACCGUUGCUUGUGCUACCACAUACUGAUAUGAUGGAUAACUGCCGG